AUGAUCCUGGUGCCAUGUCUCCUACUCAGUCUUCUCUACAUGACCCAGGGGGGAAUGUACAUGCUUACACUGGUGGACUGGUAUGCGUUCUUCCCCUCAGUAGCAGUUUUUGGCAUGUUGGAAUGCGUUGUGGUCAGCUGGAUCUAUGAGUCGGUUAUUUGUUUUAAGACUGCAGAGAGUCAUCAAAUUAAUGUGCGGGAAGACUGUCCCAAGGGUCAUGACCUUCAGCCUGAAGUUCAUCAGCCCAGGAUUCCUUCUGCUGAAAUGGAGCACGAGAAGUGGGGUUCCCACGUGGAUUACAUGAUGACACUUCUUGGCUACUCAAUUGGAGUGGGAAGCAUGUGGAAGUUUCCAUACAUGUGUAUGAGAAACGGAGGAGGUAUGGGAAUAGGGGGCGUCCUCAUCAGCAUAUUCUACAGCACCUACUAUUCUGCUCUGUUUGCCUGGUUAAUCUACUACUUCUACCACUCCUUCUUUCCCAAUAUUCCCUGGAGUACCUGUGACAACAUAUGGAACACGCCAUCGUGUAUAUCGUACACCAAUGUCGUCGAUGACGCAGCUGCCAACGCCACAAAUGAUUCAAUUGCCAAUGCAGCGAUGUUCAUUCACAACUCUUCUGCCGUGGCUAAUAGGACCAUCGAUUUGACGGGAAUGACAGCAGCUGAAGAAUUCUGGAAGUUAAAGGUCUUACAGAUUAGCGACGGUCUGGAAGAUCUCGGUAGUAUACGGUGGCCCCUAGUUGGUUGUCUCUUUAUCACAUACAUCCUGGCGUUCGUAUGUCUAUUCCAAGGGAUAAAGGUUUCAGGAAAGGUGGUGUACGUUACCGUGGGCGUUCCUUACAUCCUUAUUGCUGUCUUCCUCAUCAGGGGCUGUCUACUUCCGGGUUCUGCUGACGGCAUAUAUUUCUUCAUUUAUCCACAUUUUGAGAGGCUGUUGGAUCCAAAGAUUUGGAUUGAGGCCUGUAAUUUUGCCCUGCUUACAGUCGGAAUUGCGUUUGGGUGUCUUCCAACUAUGGCAGGGCACAACAAAUUCAACAAUAAUUGCUUCAGGGACGCUGUGACUUUAGUGGCGGCUGUUGCUUUGACAUCCGUAUAUAUUGGUUUUGCCUUCUUCGCUAUCAUGGGUCACGUUGCCUACCAACGUGGUGUGACUGUGGAGGCAUUUCAGUCAUCAGGUAUUGAUCAUUUCUAA